UCGGGGUUGCCUUGCUCCAUGGCAUUUCCCACCACAGGCACUUCUUUUCCUGACAGCAUCUGGUUCAUGUUCCCUCUUCCCUUGCAGGGCACCUCAUGUGUGGAUCCCGAGCAGCUCCUCCUUCGGGAACAGUGUGAGCCUGGCGAAGCCUGCCGAGAAAUACCUGGAAGUGGAGCAGAUUGGCCAAGGUGUCUGCAGGGCCUGGAUUUCCUCCAUGCGAACCGGGUGAUCCACAGAGAUCUGAAGAGCUCCAACAUCCUUCUGGGAAUGGACGGCUCUGUCAAGCUGGCUGAUUUUGGCCUCUGCGCUCAGCUCAGCCCUGAGCAGGACCAGCGCAGCUCCAUGGUGGGCACUGCUCACUGGAUGGCCCCAGAAGUUGUCACCAGUUCUCCUUAUGGCCCCAAGGUGGACAUCUGGUCCUUUGGCAUUGUGACCAUCGAGAUGGUGGAAGGAGAACCUCCUUACUUCAAGGAAAUGAGGGCCAUGGCCUGUGCUCUGAUCCAGCAGAACGGGACCCCGCAGCUGCAGGAGCCCAGGCGCCUGUCGGCUCUGCUGCGGGACUUCCUCGAGUGCAGUCUGGAGCCGGACGAGGAGCGGCGCUGCUCUGCCCAGGAGCUGCUGCGGCACCCAUUUUUAUCAUCAGCCAAGCCUCUCUCCAGCCUGACCCCUCUGAUCACCGCAGCAAAGCAACUGAGGGAGCAGCGGAGGAGAUGAAGCACUGGAGGACACCUUUUAGUUACAGUAGUUAGUUAGGACAACUAGUUAGUCAUGGUAGUUAGCAGUGCUAGUUAUGGUUAUGGUAGUUAGGACAGCCUGUUUGUUAUGGCUCUUAUGACAGCCUGUUUGGUAUGGCAGUUUUUUGAAUAAAAUCUCUCUUAAACCUCAACUCCCUUGAGGUGUCCCUUCCUUCUCCCUCUGUGACUCAGCUGCCCGGAGCAAUGUGAGGGGAGAGUGGGCCCAGCCUCGCCCAGAGCUGAGCCCCA